AAAUAGCUAGAGAAAAUGGAGAAGAUAUUUGUUAAUGUCCAGCCAAUAAAAAGAAAAAAAAAUCCAAGAGAUACAAAAGAUAAGCAAAGAAAAUACUUCUAUAGAACUCCAAAUUCAAAGGAACAAGAUAAGAAAAAAAUACCAAUGUUGCAUUGCCACCACCAUACUCUCUCUCCUCAAAUCUUCCCUUUCUAUCACCACAACCGCCACCGCCACUCUUCGCUUUCCAUUACCUCUUUCUAUAAACCCACCUCUCUUUUCUCCCUCUCAGCUCUUCCCCGUCCCGGACUCGUAGACUUAUGGCUUUCCCAGCUCGCCGAUGCUGCUGCCACCACCACCACAACCACCAUACCCAUAACUCCAGCGGAAGAGGGCGGCCCAAUAGAGCUCCCGUUCCCCUCUUCUCCUUCCAUUUUUGCUACCACAGAUGACCCUUCUCCUCUGCAGGUAGCAACAAGCGUACUUCUAACUGGGGCCAUUGCUAUCUUUCUCUUUCGCUCUGUUCGCCGCCGGGCUAAGCGUGCCAAAGAACUGAAAUUUAGAUCAUCGGGAGUAAAGAAAUCAAUAAAAGAGGAAGCAUUAGAUAGUUUGAAAGCGAUGGGAUCAGUUUCAAUUGAUGCUGGAAAGCCUCCUUCACCAGUUCAGACAUUGUUAGGGGGAAUAUCAGCAGGUGUGAUUGCACUUAUACUCUAUAAGUUCACCACUACUAUUGAGGCAGCUCUUAACCGCCAAACGAUAUCGGAUAGUUACUCGGUUCGUCAAAUAACAAUUACGAUUAGGACAAUUAUAAAUGGGUUGUGCUACCUAGCAACAUUUGUUUUUGGCCUCAAUUCUGUGGGUUUGUUCCUUUACUCUGGACAGCUUGCUAUUAACUCUUUCAUGGAAGAUUCUAGCAGCGAAAGUGAAAGUAAAGGCAAUGAGCAAUCAAGUCCACCAAAUUCAACAUCAGAGAGUGCUGCAGCUAGUGCUGACUUGAAAAGCAAUCAGGCAGAUCAAAACACGGAUAAUUCACAGCAGUGAAGGAGAGAAUCAAGAGUUAUAACUCUACUGAUUCAACUGGAUGCAGAGGGGCUUGAAUUUGUGUCUAAAAGCAGCGUUCCAAAUCGCGAGUAAAACCAAUGAAGCUACAAGAAUAGAUAUUGGACAAAAAUUCUACAUCAGCAAAUUGGUUUCAAAAGUAGAUUGUUCUUAACCCUAGCUACCAACUGCUGCACAUAACUCACAGGUAUGUUGUUACUAGGGAUCUUUCACAUCAAAGAAAGAAAAUGUAUCAGCAGGCUAAUACAUGUGAUAGAUGAUUGAUGAAAUGCUUCUUAUAUUCCAACUUCUAACAGAGAGCUUUGAGCUAAAGAUAUUGAUGCCAAGAAAUUCAAUGUUGUUAUGUUGAUGUUGGUGAUUGAUUAUUGUUAAAUGCAGACCUCUAUCCUUUUUUCUCAACCUGCAAAUGGUGGGGUAAUUGGGAUUUAGCAAAACAAAAAAUGUUGCCGGCUGCAUUGCCCUCAACCAAAUCCCUUUGUAGGGUUGGCUCCUCGCAGUUGUCCCUAACACCGACGAUAGCAUUUGUUGCUUAGCAUACAAUGUUCAUACAAUGUUAUUUCGAUAAGUGAAAGAAGAACCCUUGCGAUAUAGUAAAUUGAAUUGUCUUUAGAUUUAGUUUCAAUCGUGUAAAAUUCUAUAGCACCUAUUAAGAAGUGCUACAAAACGGGCAGCAAAGUCUAAAAUAUAUUAAUAAUAUGUAUAUAAACAUCUAUGAUGCAAUGUGGUCUUGAACAAUAUAGGAUAUAUAGAAGUUUUCAAACUAAAA